UAAUUAUUAUUAUGUAUUAUAAUAAUUUGCGAUGCUAAUCAUUGCUAAGUAAUUUACGAUUUUCUAUUUAUUAACUAACAUCCGCUUUAAUAUGAAACACUUAACGUGACGUUGAUUCAUUUUAAUUAAAUAAAAGUCCGCCGGUGUAAACCAUUCCUUUCGCCAGUCAUCGCAGCCAUUUUUUUUGGUGCUAUGGCCUACGGAUAACGCUCCUAGCCAGUAACUUAAAUUCAUGAUUAAAAUUAACACGCCAUUAAGUGGGACUUUGGGACGUAAUUACGGAGAACAUAAUAAAAUUACUUAAUACAUCGGGCAAAAAGUGACUGUAAAAAAAGAUAAAAUUAUUUACAUGGAGACUGCGGGGGAUAUAAACACUUUUAUUUUUAAUUCCUUGGGAUCCACGGAAGAAAAAAAAAAUUAACUUGAAAGAGAAUAGUUUUCACUGGUGUGCAACUGCUGCUGUCGUCAUGUUCACUUUGGCUUCUACUCCGACGGGCAAAUCGGCAAGUUAACAAGAUUAUUAAUUGGAUAGUGACUAGUGAGUGAGUAAAAAUGCGGAAUAAAUUAAGUGCAAGGGAUCGAGCAUUUCAGUAUAAGAAGGAGGGGUUUUACUGUACAGAUAAUAGCACGGUUAUGUGUAAGUUUUGCAACACGAAAGUUUCGUGGGAUCGAAAAGACACGAUUGAAAAACAUUUAAAGUCGGCAAAACACGUGGCGUCAUUAGCAGCAACAAAAGAAGAGACUACAAACAUCAGUUGCAUCAUGCUUUAAUAAAGUUGUCAAAGACAAAAAAAUCGGCAGAUUAUCUUCGAAAACGUGUCACAGAAACAUUUGUAAAGGCUAACAUACCACUUGAGAAACUUAACAAUGAACACAUGGUGAACUUCAUGAAUGAAUUUAUUGAAGGAUCUGGCGCAUUGCCUUGUGUAAAGACUUUGCGAGAAAAGCACCUUCCCAGAUUAAAUAUGGAAAGGGAAGAAAACAUCAAGGAGAAGGUCAAAGGAAAGCACCUUGCGGUAUGCUGCGAUGAAACAACAGACAAACAAGGUCGGUGUGUUUUCGUUAUAAUCUUCAAGAUUAUAGAAGCCAGUCACCAAGUUGAAAUCGUAGUAGGUGAUGUCCACAUUCUUGAAACAGCUGAUGCAAAAAGUUGUUCAAGAGCUAUUCUUGAUUCUUUGAACAAAUAUAACAUUAGCUAUGACAGUGUCCUGGCCUUAGUAUCAGACUCAGCCCGAUACAUGGGGAAGUGUUUUGACACACUUACCAACUUGAUGUCGGACAAUGUUGUAGUGAUUCAGUGUUGGGCGCACAAACUCAAUCUGAUUUUGAAUGUUCUGGGAAAGCACCUUCCUGAACUUCAAAAUGCCACUUCCAAAAUCAAGAGUGCGUUCCUGAACACUCGAAAGAGAAAGCAUCUGUUCCGGCAAUUUCUGGAUGAUAAAUAUGAAGCUGGAAGGGUUCCACUGUUCCCAAUGCCAGUCCUCACGAGAUGGUCUUCGUGGUACGAGUCUGUAGCCUAUGUAUCCGACUACAUAGAAGCUAUUGUUGAGUUCAUGAAGAGUGACGACAUAGCAUCAGUUAGCAAUGUUGGAGUUCAGUAUUUGGCAAGUUUGUCACAGGAACAGGUCCGUAAUGUUAAGGUGCAGGCUACCUUCAUCAAAGAAACAGCAAAGGGAAUUGUUGACUUGACAAAGUUGUUGGAAGGGUCGUCAUAUCCUUGUAGCAACAUUUUGUGUGGUAACCUACGCAAAGUUGAGCAAGUUUUGCAGCUUGCUGAAGCAGGAAAUUUUGGCGAAGAAACAAGUUUAGCACUGCAGUCGUGUGGGAGAGAUGUUGCAAAAGCUCAGGUUAAAUCUGCCUUAGUAAAAGCUGCAUCACAUGGAUACACUAAGCUGCUAGCUUUAAUUUCAAGUGAUCCUGCAAGUCAUCUUUAUUCUGAACUGAGUGUUUUUGACCCUGCACAGAUUUUAAUUACGGAAGUAACAAAAGAUCUUGGUAAAAAAUUGAAGAAAAUGGCAUUGUUCAAGGACUGCGAUGAAAGUCAAUUGCUUCAAGGCUAUAAAGAGCUUGGUGAAGAAACAGUUAGGAGACAAAAGUGAUGCAUCACUGGAUUUGAUUGCAAUAUUAUUGUCUCUUUCUGUAAAUCAUCCAGAAUUUUCUAAGGGUGCUUUGAAAAGUGUAUGGUUGCCAUGUGCAAAUGCAGACUGCGAACAAUUUUUUUCUAAGUACAGUUCUGUUCUAAGUGACCAACGACAGCGCCUUAAUGCUGAAAAUGUAGCUAUUCUGAGUGAAAUCUAUUUUGAAGGUUGAACACUGUUUUAGUGUGUUAGUUGUAUGCCAUGUCUAUGUGUUUAGUGUUACAUAUGUAUUCAACUUUGCAGCUGUAAAUAUUAUGUAUUGUGUUUUAUGAUCUGUGACAAGCAGGAAACUGUGAAUUUUUUUUGCUAAGAGCAUUACUAACAAAUAUAGAAGCUAAAAUUAUGUACAGAUAUGACGAUAAGUAAAUAAUAAUUUCCUCAUUGUAAAGGCUUUAAGAAUGUUUUUACAAGUAUCUCUGUAUCAAUAUAUAAUGUUCAUAUUAAUUUUGACUGUUAAUUUUGGGAAUCCACAAAAAAAUCACAUUGGUGAAAACACCGAAAUGAAAACACCGCUUUUAAGAAUUCAAACCACCGCUUUUUGCACUUUCAAAACGACGACAUUUUCCAGUCCCUACUAAUAAAGUAUAAAAUUUACAAUCAACAAAUAACAACCUUAUUGCGUAUAGUCUGUUAUCUUUGACGUUUUUUGCUGCUCCUGUAUUUUAAUUGUAUUUUCUUAUGUAUUUUAUUUUAU